CGCCUCCGCCUGCGUUUGUGUCUGACUCUGUCUGCGUUCCCGCGCAUAUACUCGCUCUCGACUGUCCGUGCGUGGACUGCUAGCACCAGGCUGCUCUAUCUACUAUCGUCUGCCGCUCACACUACCGAUACACGAUGCGCAAAGGCUGCUUGAAGCAUUCGCCCCCGCAGACGCCGGAGCUCUCCCAUUCGCCUUGGACGACGCCGAGUGCAUCCGGGCGGACCUCACCUGCCCCGUCGCAGUGCGCGGGACCGUUCACCAGGCCGCCCCUCCGCAAGAACGUGUCCUUCUGCGAGGACUCGACGCUGGAGGAGGUAUUCUUCGCAGACGAGUGGGACCGCUCGCCUGCCCCUGUCACGCCCAAGCUGUCGUACUCAGACGUCCUCGAGCUCAAGCAGCUCCUCGUGUCCCUCCCCCGCGCACCACCCCCACCCCCUACUCCCCGCCAGCCGUUCACGACCUCCCUUCCGCGCGACUGCCAUACACCCUACGAACACUCUUGCUCCUAUCCGUACCCCUCGUCGUCGUCGUCGUCCUCAUCCUCAUCCUCGGCGGCAUCUUCCUUCAAGUCGCAGCCGUUCCCAUGCUCGCGCUUUGCGUCACAGCCCAGCCAGACGCCCGACCGCUGGAAGAACCGUUCCCAGUUCGCGCGGCCCAUCGAUCCCGAGAUUCUGCCGUACCUCGAAGCGGUGCCCAUCAGGCUGCUCCCGCUGUUGGACUCGUCUGCGCAAGAGCCUGAGCCCGAGCCGUCAAUACCGCCGCCGACGCCGGCGUCUGUGCGCGAGACACCCAAGGUGUCUUCGUUGGAAUCUUGUCCGAAUGCGGCUUGCAUGCCUGCGAACCAGCAUCACGAGCGGGACCGUCAGCCAAGUCCUAGCUUUGGUCCUGAUUCCAACUGCACCGUGACCCCUAGUUCUCGCUCUGAAGAGAUCUCACCUGCACCUUCACCACCGCUAUCAUCAUCACCACAUCUGCCGCCAGCUUCGUCCUCUUCCAGCAUGCCGUCUUCACAGGCCACAACACCACCCCCGCCAUCAUCGCAACCUCCACACACCCCGCCAUCCAUCACGCUCCACUCGCCCUCCGGCACACAGCGCUCGCCCGCCGUCCCGCCUUCACCCUCACCCUCACCAUCCCCAUCCAUGUCUCUUUCGCCGUCUCCGUCCAAACCACAUGCGCCUCUACGGCCACCGCCACUCCGGAUGAACAUGGCCUUCGUGCCGCUGCUGCCCGCGCAAGAUGCACCGAAGCCCGCGGAGAGUAGGAGGGAAGAGGGGAAGGAGGAACGGAGGCCGAAGAGGCAGAUGAACUUUGCGUUCGUGCCGUUGAUGGAGAAGCAGGCAGAAGAGCAUAUAGAGGGGGGAUGGUAUCUUCCAUGACACUGCCUUUGAGCAUGACUCUGAACAGGACCAGGACGCCCAGUCUGAGCAGGAGCUCGAGUCGUCCACGCCAUCGCUCUCCUCUGCGUCCGAUACGGACAACGACAACGACACCGAUGGCGAGCAGGGAAGGA